CCAUGCCCCCGCCGAGAAAGUUUCGACCCCGCGAGCCCGCCGUGCUCGUGUCGCAGACCGCGGGGUGCUUCUGGUGGCGCGAGGAAGUCCGUCGCAAGCACGGCUCCACGCCUUGGAUACCCAAGAUAUUCUGGGUGUUCUUCCACGUCCUGUUCAUCGUCCUGCUGUUUCAGUUCGACAACGACAUGACGGACGGGGGCGCCGGGUACCAGACCGGAUUCGCCUUUGCGUGCCUCCUCAACCUCUACGCCUUCCUCUGCGUCGCCAACUCCAACCCCGGGUACGUCAGCGAGCAAGAGCGGUGCCCGGAGGACCAGGAGGACGUCUACAGGGAGCAGGACAGGAUCAGGCGCGAGCGCAUCGCGGCACGCGUGAAGGCAAAGAGGGAGCGCGAGAGACACGCGGCGGAGGCGGAGGAUGUCGCGGAGGACGACGAGGGGGGCGACGACGCCGAGCUCCCGGACCUCGAGAGCGGCGGCGGCGACCGAACCACCGACCGAACGACCUCCCCUCGCGGCGAGGACGAGGGAACCGGGGGGCUGUUGGGCGCCCCGGGCGGCGCGAGCAACUCCAGCGACCUCGCGACCUCGUCGAGUUUCGUCGGCGCCGACAACGACGAACCCCCGGUGGGCCAGUACUGCAAACACUGCAAGGCGUGGCAGGGGUUGCGCACGAAGCACUGCCACGACUGCGGCAGGUGCGUGCGCCGGUUCGAUCACCACUGCUUCUGGGUGGGAACGUGCGUCGGGGAGAAGAAUCACGCGCGGUUCGUGUGGUACCUCGUCGCGCAAACCGCGCUCAUCGUCUGGGCGUUUCACGUCAGCAACAGCGGAUGGAAGUACGCGGAUACGUUCCACGAGCUGUUCGAGAUCAACGCCGGGCCGGUGUGCAUGUCCAUCGCGCUCUUCAUCUUCGCCCUGUUCGUCGGUUCGCUGCUGGGCUUCCACGUGUACCUCAUCGUCACCAACCAGACGACGUGGGAGGUUAGCUCGAGGGACAAGAUCAGCUACCUGGCGGGGGUGCCCCACAACGUGUACGCGUUUUCGCGCGGGCCGAUGCGGGACGCCAGGGAGUUUUGCUGCUCGCCCCCGCCGCCCAGGUACACGCUGCGAUCGUUCGAGUGGAUGAGGGAGUGGUCCAGGACGGAGACCAUCUGGGAGAACAAGUACUACGUGUGUUGUUAGCGGCGCGCGCGGAGGGGCUCACAUGUAACCUUGUAAUACCGGGAAGAAACCAGCUAUUG